UCUUUCUCUUUCUCUUUCAGGCUUUGCUAAACAGUUCCUCUUCAGCUCAUCAGAUUCUCCAGAAAUCCUUCCAUUGAUGUUUCCUUAGUCUUUGACAAAGAAUUGGAACUAAUAGAAUCUGAAACCUGAAAAGAAUCUGGAGUUCAGUUGCAAAGUUCGAAUCCUAUUUAUCAUAGUCCGUUUAAAUUUACAACCUUUGAAAACUUUAGCAAUUCUCGAACCCUAACAUGGUCGAUGUCUGCAAUGGCUUCCAGUCACCAAAACCUCAUGUGGGCGUCCACUGGUCCUUCAAAUACUGCCGUUGAAACCCUAAGUGUCGCAGAAUGAUUGAUGCUUGCGAUCGGUAUGCAGAUGUCUGCGAUGGCUCCGUCUCCAUUAACGGCGCCUGCGUCGAACAAUCCUCCAUCCUCUUCUUCAAUGAGGUCUCCUUCUACUUCUCUUCAAUCCCAGCAGCAGCAGCUCCCAUCAUCGCUCUCUCUUGGCUUGCUCUCUGUACCUCAAUCGAGCUCGGCAGCGGCGGCCGCUUCACAUAGGCCAGCACCACUGGAUCACCAUGUUAUGGCGCCGGAACCGAUUGUUGCAGUGCAAGUGCCGGCAGAGUCAACUGUUGCAAUGCCGCCUGUCGCAAGAAUUCGGCUUUCGGAUAUUAUACCUUACGAUGGGGCACCAGUGGGAGCAUACGUUAGGUCAGUGGAAGCACUUUCGGGUUCACUUACAAGGCAUAAUGCGGCGGUGAUUGAGCUUGGAAGUGAGGAGUCGGCAUUAAUGCGAUGUGCUUUGGAGUCGGCGAGGUUGUAUUUCAGGAUGAGAUCUCAGAGUAGCAGUAGCGGAGGUUGGGGGAAGACGGGCCGAGGGUCCAAUAUCUACAGAGCGGGAAGGGCUUUUGAAGAUGGGGACUCAUCACCCCCCUGCAUGGGUGAUGUUUUUAGAUGUAUGGGAAGAGCUGCUCGUGCUGCUCUUUGUGCAAUAGCAAGGCAUCUCCGUUUGCGAAGCGAUGUUUUUAACCAUUUGCUUGAUGAUACCCCAUUGCCUGCCAAUGAGGCAUCCUCAUCGCUACUGGUAGCAGCCUAUUGCCAUCCAUCUUCACAGAAUGGUAAGGGGGCUAUUGCGGGAGGGAAGCCAGCUAUGAACAGUGAAUUGGAGAAGGGAUUAUUGACAUUGAUUGCUUCAGACAGUCCUGGCAUUCAGGUUUGUGACCCCAAUAGUCGUUGGUACCUAGCAGAUGGUGGGUCAGGUCCUGGGGAUCUUUUGCUACUUACAGGCAAGGCACUCAGCCAUGCCACUGCUGGCCUUCGCCCUGCUGCUUCAUACAGGGCUGCCCCUGACUACUCUACAGGCACCACUGGAAGGACAUCUCUGGCUUUUAGGCUUAUGCCACAGGGCAAUGCUAUAUUAGAUUGUUCUCCUAUUGCAGCAGCUGGCCAUGUAAUUCCACAGAGCUAUGUGCCAAUCUCUGUAAGCCAGUUCAUGGAUGAUCUUUCUGCUGAGGAAGAUGUAGUAUGCAACCGUUCUGAUAAUGCUUAUGAAACCAGGAACAAUUUGAACAGGGAACCGUCAUUAAGAAGUGUUCUCUCUGAUCCCAUAUCUGGUGCAUUUCUUGAAGAUGCUGUUGUUAUUUCUUGUGGACAUUCAUUUGGUGGGAUUAUGCUGAGAAAGGUCCUUGAAACGUCCAGAUGUACCCUUUGCGGUGCGGAAAUUGAGGUCGGUUCUUUGAUACCUAAUCAUGCUUUAAGAGCCGCGGCUGCAGCUGUGAAGCAUGAGGAUGACCGGAGACUCUUCCACAAUGCUGCUCUCCGUAAGCGCCGGAGGGAAGUCGGUGAACAAAUGGAUGUAAUGAAGAGAUUAAACAGGGAAAAUGGGGAGAUGGUUGCAGAUGGUGAUAGCCCAAGGCUACAAAGAGGGGUGCAAUAUCCAUUUUCAGUAAAUGAGAAAGUGCUUAUCAGAGGAAAUAGGAGGACUCCAGAUAAAUUUGUUGGAAGGGAAGCAGUCAUUACAUCCCAGUGUCUCAAUGGGUGGUACCUACUCAAGAUUCUUGACAGCGGAGAGAGUGUUCGCCUGCAAUACCGUUCUCUGCAGAAGAUCCUAAGCUCUCAGCCAAUAGAGGAUAGGCUUCCAGCUCAGCCAAUUAUUCAGAAUAGCAGCUGAUCAGCCUCAAGAGCAGUGCCUUACAGUAUCCCUUUUAGGAUUCCUAUAGAUUCUCACUUUGCUGUCCAGUCCUUGUAAAAAAGUGCAGAGUGGAUCUGAAUGAUUGUUCGAAAAUGUUGAGAAAGAGUAGUUUGAAACAUACUGCUCGUAAUUAAAUGUUUGUAAAGAAGAGCAGGUUAGAAAGAAGAAGAAAAGCAACAGGGGAAGGGGUGAUGGGAGAGUGCUGAAACACCAAUUAUUUUGCUCCUUGUAUCAAGGGGGACUCGGAGAAAACAUCGAAGGUGCGACACCUGAUAUUGUGCAUUGUAAUUCAUGGGUGACUGAUUCUGAUUAGUGGAGAUGCAAUGAGAUGUAGAUUGGUGACUAUAAGAUUCUUCCCCUGCUAUAGAUAAUUUUCUUGUGAUUUUGGCGUACAAUUGAAUCGGAUGAAGUAAUUAAUACAGCUUCAAGGCUGAUGCCGUACAGUAUCUAUGCUAUAUCAGAUGUAUUUUCUUGUCUUA